GAGAUCCCAGACCUCCUCCAGUCACAAGUUCAGGGAAACUCACUUCACAUGGAGCCAGACAAAGAAUAAUUGCACAGAGAGAGGAACAGCUCGCUGCACAAAAGGAGCGGAUCAGUCAAGUACUACGAGAAUUAGAAGAAGAUCAGAUACAAGUGGUCAAACUGGGUGACGCGUCCAUCGCUGCUCCGUUCACAUCUAAGCUGUCCUCUAUUCAGUGCAUUUGUUACAUGAUAAAACAGGGCCGCUGCACUUUGGUGACCACCCUGCAGAUGUUUAAGAUCCUAGCGUUGAACGCUCUGGUGCUCGCCUACAGUCAGUCUGUGCUUUACCUGGAGGGGGUAAAAUUCAGCGACUUUCAGGCGACACUUCAGGGCUUGCUGCUGGCCGGCUGCUUUCUGUUCAUCUCGAGGUCAAAGCCUUUGAAGACAUUGUCGAAAGAGCGGCCUUUACCCAACAUCUUUAACCUGUACACUGUCCUGACAGUGCUGCUGCAGUUUGCAGUCCACUUCUGCAGUUUAGUGUAUCUGUAUAAAGGGGCACAAAGCAGAAGCCCACCCAGGGCAGAGCAGUUUGUAGACUUGUACAAAGAAUUCGAACCAAGUCUCAUAAACAGUACUGUAUACAUCAUGUCAAUGGCAAUACAGGUGGCUACGUUUGCCAUUAACUAUAAAGGCCAUCCCUUCAUGGAGUCUCUCCGAGAGAAUCGGCCCCUGCUAUGGAGCAUCGGUUUAUCAGGGCUUGCCAUUGUUGGGCUGUUGUCGGGGUCAUCACCUGAAUUCAAUGAGCAAUUUGCCUUAGUGGACAUUCCAACUGAGUUUAAGUUAAUAAUAGCCAAGGUCUUGGUUUUGGAUUUUGUCGCCGCCCUGCUGGUGGACAGAGUUCUGCAGUUCCUGCUAGGUAAAGGAACCCUGAGGUUGCCUAAGUGAACUUUUACGGCUGACAGUCACCGAAGCAGCUUCUGCCCCUAGUGACCAGUCUGUGAACAGGAUUUACAGGACUACAGUACUUGAACGGUGGCAUUUCUGCGAGAUCCAAAAGGAGGAGCGUGAAACUCAUUACUAUAACACACCUCAGUGUUUCCAUUUCUCUCUUGUCUCUGUCUUUGCUCUGACUUUAAUCUUUUAUCUACAUUUUCUUUCCUCUGACAUCUUCCUACUCACAUCCCCUCCGAUCUAAAGGCCAAGAAAACUACAGUAUUGUGUUGAAGGAGAGAGUGUGUUUUUAGUGCGGUUGAAGCACGCAGCUGUGGCAGGGGCAUUCUGAAGACAAACUUUAAAGUGUUUGUUUUUUGUUAUGUUUUCAUUUUGUAAAAAGACAGAUCUGUGAAAAACGUAUAAAUGACUAAAAAAUGC